GUGGCCCCUGGAGGCUCGGGGCUGCAAGCUUUGGGAGGCUGGGAGGGGAGAAAGGGAGGGGCGCUGACUGGGCAGUCCAAAGAGGAGGGGGCCUUUAAUAGGCUCGCCCAGCGCCUGGUUUGCGGCGCCGCGAGAGGCUGCGGCUCGAAGAAGCUGCCCGGCACCUCCCUCUAGUUUUCCGCUGCAAAUCUCCGUCCUUGCACUUGACAGCGAUUGUACUUAAGCUCCCAGAGCGCGCUUUGCUGUGGAAAGGCACAGGUAGGAGGCGCGGGCUGCUCGGUGCACGCUCACUCCUCUGGGAGGAGUUUCUCUCCCUUUGCUCUGCUUUCCGGGAGCUACUGACUGCCCCGGAGCGUUGGUGGUUCCCCUGUGCCCGCUGCAAGGAGACUCGCCGGCGGGGGAGCGGGGCCGAGCCCUUCGGAGAGCGCGGCUGUGCGCUGCCCGGCGCCAUGCUUCUGCUGGGUAUCUUAACCCUGGCUCUCGCCGGGGUACCUGCAGGCGGGUCAGAGCUAGACCAGGAGGUGGUGGUCCCCAUCCGACUGGACCCGGACAUCAACGGCCGCCACUACUACGGGAGGGGUCCCGAGGACUCAGGGGAUCAGGGACUUAUUUUUCAGAUCACAGCAUUUCAGGAGGACUUUUACCUACACCUGACUCUGGAUGCUCAGUUCCUGGCGCCCGCCUUCGCCACAGAGCAUCUGGGCGUCCACCUCCCGGCACUCACCGGGAGCUCUCCAGACUUGCGACGUUGCUUCUACUCUGGGGACGUGAACGCCGAGCCAGAUUCCUUCGCCGCUAUGAGCCUGUGCGGGGGUCUACGCGGAGCUUUUGGGUACAGAGGCGCCGAGUAUGUCAUUAGUCCGCUCCCCAACGCCAGCGCGCAGGCGGCACAGCGCAACAGCCAGGGCGCACACCUCCUCCAGCGCCGGGGCGCCCCCGGCGGGCCUCCGGGAGAUCCCACCUCUCGCUGCGGGGUGGCCUCAGGCUGGAACCCUGCCAUUCUGCGGGCGCUGGACCCUUACAAGCCGCGGGAGGCCGGCUUAGGAGAGAGUCGCAGUCGGCGGAGGUCCGGGCGCGCCAAGCGCUUCGUGUCUAUCCCGCGUUACGUGGAGACUCUGGUGGUGGCGGACGAGUCAAUGGUCAAGUUCCACGGCGCGGACUUGGAGCAUUAUCUGCUAACGCUGCUGGCCACGGCGGCACGACUCUACCGCCACCCUAGCAUCCUCAACCCCAUCAACAUCGUCGUGGUCAAGGUGCUGCUUCUCGGAGACCGUGACACGGGGCCCAAGGUCACGGGCAACGCGGCCAUGACGCUGCGCAACUUCUGUGCCUGGCAGAAGAAGCUUAAUAAAGUGAGUGACAAACACCCAGAGUACUGGGACACAGCCAUCCUCUUCACCAGGCAGGACCUGUGUGGGGCCACCACCUGUGACACGUUGGGCAUGGCUGAUGUGGGCACUAUGUGCGACCCCAAGAGAAGUUGUUCUGUGAUCGAGGAUGAUGGGCUUCCAUCAGCCUUCACCACUGCCCAUGAGCUGGGCCACGUGUUCAACAUGCCCCAUGACAAUGUGAAAGUGUGCGAGGAGGUGUUUGGGAAACUCCGAGCCAACCACAUGAUGUCCCCAACACUCAUCCAGAUCGACCGUGCCAACCCCUGGUCUGCCUGCAGCGCUGCCAUCAUCACCGACUUCCUGGACAGUGGGCAUGGCGACUGCCUCCUGGACCCACCCAGCAAGCCCAUCUCCCUGCCCGAGGACCUGCCUGGUGCCAGCUACACCCUGAGCCAGCAGUGUGAGCUGGCCUUUGGCAUGGGCUCGAAGCCCUGUCCCUACAUGCAGUACUGCACCAAGCUGUGGUGCACCGGCAAGGCGAAGGGGCACAUGGUGUGCCAGACCCGCCACUUCCCCUGGGCAGAUGGCACCAGCUGUGGCGAGGGCAAGUUCUGCCUCAAGGGGACCUGUGUGGAGAGACAGAACCUCAACAAGUACAAGGUGGACGGCUCCUGGGCCAAGUGGGAGCCCUAUGGAACCUGCUCGCGCACCUGCGGCGGGGGCGUGCAGCUGGCCCAGAGGCAGUGCAGCAACCCUACCCCUGCCAAUGGGGGCAAGUACUGCGAGGGAGUGAGAGUGAAAUACCGAUCCUGCAACCUGGAGCCCUGCCCCAGCUCAGCUUCUGGCAAGAGCUUCCGGGAGGAGCAGUGUGAGGCUUUCAACGGCUAUAACCAUAGCACCAACCGGCUUACCCUUGCCGUGGCAUGGGUGCCCAAGUACUCCGGCGUUUCUCCCAGGGACAAGUGCAAGCUCAUCUGCCGAGCCAAUGGCACCGGCUACUUCUAUGUGUUGGCGCCGAAGGUGGUGGAUGGUACACCGUGCACUCCUGACUCCACCUCGGUCUGUGUCCAAGGCAAGUGCAUCAAGGCUGGCUGUGACGGGAACCUGGGCUCCAAGAAGAAAUUCGACAAGUGUGGUGUGUGUGGGGGCGACAAUAAGAGCUGUAAGAAGGUGACAGGCCUCUUCACCAAGCCCAUGCACGGCUACAAUUUUGUGGUGGCCAUCCCUGCGGGUGCCUCGAGCAUUGACAUCCGCCAGCGUGGCUACAAGGGGCUGGUUGGAGAUGACAACUACCUGGCCCUGAAGAACAGCCAAGGCAAGUACCUGCUCAAUGGGCACUUCGUGGUGUCGGCCGUGGAGCGGGACCUGGUGGUGAAGGGCAGCCUACUGCGCUACAGUGGCACGGGGACGGCGGUGGAGAGCCUGCAGGCCUCCCGGCCCAUCCUGGAACCCCUGACCGUGGAGGUCCUCUCUGUGGGCAAGAUGACACCACCCCGGGUCCGCUAUUCCUUCUACCUUCCCAAAGAGCCUUGGGAGGACAAGGCCUCCCACCCCAAGGACCCCCGGGGCUCCUCGGUACACCACAACAGUGUCCUCAGCAUCUCCAAUCAAGUGGAACAGCAGGACGACAGGCCCCUGGCACGUUGGGUGGCAGGCAGCUGGGGGCCUUGCUCUGUGAGCUGUGGCAGUGGCCUGCAGAAGCGGGCGGUCGACUGUCGUGGGCCCCCAGGGCCACGCUCCACAUCUGCCUGUGAUGCAGCCCAUCGGCCAGUGGAGAUGAGAGCCUGUGGGGAACCCUGCCCGACCUGGGAGCUCGGCGCCUGGUCGCCCUGCUCCAAGAGCUGUGGCCGGGGAUUUAAGAGGCGUCCGCUCAAGUGUUUGGGCCCUGGAGGGCGGCUGCUGGCCCGGGACCAGUGCAACCUGCGCCGGAAGCCCCAGGAGCUGGACUUCUGUGUCUUGAGGCCGUGCUGAAUGGGACUGUCCUUUUCUCCUCCUCACUCUCCGCCCCAUUGGUGCUGCCAGGGCUCCGGCCAGCUGGAGCCAUGGGCAGAGGGCGGUGGCCGGGUGUCAAGGCCAUUAACGUCACUCACUUCCAGGGACAAGGACCAUGGGCAGGGCUAAGAGGUCCCUUCCUCCACCCUGGCCUGGGCGGGGGAAGCCAAGUGACAAUGCACAGUCUACCUCACGCCCGGCUCCUCCAGGGCCCAGUCUCUGGGAGAGGCUGAGAGAUGCGGGCACUGGGCAGAGGCGCUGGGGCCCAGUUUCCGAGGGACCUGGAGGAUGGGCACCUCCCAGGCAGAACUUCAGGGACCUUGGCCCCCGUAAGGGAGGCCACAGGCUGCUGGAAGAGCCAUGGCCCAGCAGCUUGGCACCCUCAGGUGGCCCCGGGGGCUCUAAGCUGUCUCUGAACAAGGCAGGUUUCUAUGGUGCUGUCAGCCCGCCUUUCCUUUCUGACUGACCAGGACUGAAUAAUGAAAAAAAUAAUGGCUGGUGUGGGCAGAAACUGGUAGGAGAGUGGGGUGAGGAAUAACAAGUCUGGGAAGAGGCUUAUGUGUAGGGGGAGUCCGGAGCUUUCUCAUCUUCCUUCUACUCCUGACCCUCCGUCAAGAGCUGCCUCUUCUUCCUGUGUUGUCCAGGACGUCAGGCUGGGUGGAGGGCUUCCAAGUAUGUGCCCUUUGAGGCUUUGCAAAUAGGUACAGGAAGUCAAUAGGGCGUCUAUUGCCUUCUUCAGGAGGGAUUAGACCAUUGAAAAAAGAUGGAAGGGAUGAUGGAUUCUGUGGUGAAACGGAGUUUGAGCAGUGGCCUAGAAUGUUCCGUGUCACUGGGACUGGGCUUGGGGUUUGGAGCAAUGUCACCCUGGGAUGGGGAGGAGUCCUCAGUUUCAAUGACUCCUUCCUCCAGAGAGGUAGGUAUAAAUAGGGCUGCUGCCUUGGGCUCUGUGUUGCCUCAGAGAACCUUCAGAGUGGCCACUAAGAGGGACGUGGGAGAUGCCCAGGAGGGCUAGGUGCUGAACAUCCACAUGCCUGGAGGUGGGUCCUUCAUCUGGACAGCUACAUGUGGUCUGGCUUUGGGCACAUCACAUGACAUUGCAGUUGGAUAACGGGGUUCACUGUUUGCUACCUCAGGCUAUGCUCUUUGGGUACCCACACCUGUCCCUUCCCUGGGGUGGUGGUGACCCUGGUGCUUCCAGUGGACCUGGCUGUUGUCCUCUGCAGACUGAGCUGCCCAGACACAAAGAUAAGUGUGUGGUAUAUGUCUUCCUGCCCCCAGAGACUGGCCACCCACUGGGGCUCCAAAAAUGAAAGCAGGAUCUCAGGUGCCUUGGGGACAGGCUUCAGGAGACACAAAAAUCAAUGACCUAAAAAAAGAAAGAAAGAAAGAAAGAAAGA